UGGGUGUUGCAGACGACGCUAUUUCAGGUCUUAUUUGUCCCCCGACACUGGUGGCAUUAUGUGGAAUCCAUCGACCCCAUCACUGUCAGUAUAAACUCGUGGAUUGAACUGGAGGAGGACCAUCAGGCUCGGGUAGAAGAGGCCAUCACCCGAAUGAUAGUGUGUGCCUUGAAAGCUGCAGAAGAUCCCACUGAUACCAAAGCCUGGUUAAACCCUACAGAGGUAGAGGGAACAUCUCAUGAAAUCAAUUGUCAGUAUUUAAAUGGAGCCAUUUCUGCCUAUUUGGAACACAGUAAAGUAGCAGAAACAUUAACGCCCACUGAGUUCAAAAUAAAUGGUAAACACAGAGUAAAGUCACCCUUGAAAAAGAGGAAAUUGGAUGUAUGCACCAGAUCAAAGGAGAAAAAAUCACCUAAUUGUACAUUAGCUACAGUUAUGGCAAAGCCUGAGGAGAAGAUCCCCUUUGGCCUGGAUCUAAUUCCAGUGUCACCCAGUCUUCAAGAUGAAUCUUCAGAAAGAGGAAUAGAUGAGAGCGAUAUUAAAGACGUUGUCAAGGAAAGUGGGGGAUGUGAGGGGAAUUUAAAUUGUGCACAAGAGCAACUGGUGAUGAAUCAAGCUGAGAUGCCACUUGCAGAUAACGUUGUUUCUGACAACACCACAUGCCCUUCUCAACCAUUCAUCUCUACAGAUGACCUGCUGGAUUGUUUGGUGGAUCCAAAAGUAAUACGUCUAGUAGCACAACUUUUGUUACAGAAAAGAACUUUGAACUUAGAAGUAUAAUUUUUGAAAAAUUAAAUGAUGCUACAUUAACAAGAUACUUUUCCUUUUUCAAAAUAUAUUUUUUUUAAGUAACUUAACAUUUACUUUUGCCUUAGCUUGUCAUUUCAGACCAUUUCAGUGUUUGGAAGGGUGAGUUAAGUGGGUGUUAGAAUUAGAAAAUGCAAUAUGCAGCAGUAUUUCCAAAGAGAUAAAUGAUGAUCCAGCAUUAGUAACAAGACUGGCAUUUUUCUGUAUUGUUGAUUUCUGUUUCCUCCCAAGGCAUUCAGGGUGGUGUGCUAAAAUAGUUUCGUCUGUGCUUCUCAAUGAAGUGGGUAGUAUAGAAUUGAUAAGAUGAGAAAACUGAGGUAAAGACAAUGAUAGUCACAGAAGAAAUGUACUUCAGAGCUUCCACAGAACCAUAGAAUUUUCCAUCUGGAAGCAACCACAUACAGAUUUUCUUAGGCUAAAGAACCUGACACCUUAAGAAGUUCCGUGAUUUGCUCAAAUCCAUGUGGCUGAUAAAUGGUUGAAUUUGUAGCAGGAGUUAGAGCUCCUGCCUUCUCAUCCAGUGCUCCAUGCUGAGACUAUGCCAUCUCCUUAGGCUUGGCACCCCAGCCACACUAUCCCUGAUGUUAAAAGAGAAAAGAGCUUUACCUCACCAACACAAACUUUUGCCGUAUCUGUAUCAGAUUCAUACCCAGGAAGCAACCACAGCUAAAGAGUGGCCCUCAUGCCUGUCUCAGCCCAAGGACCUGAAGCAACCGUGCCAGAGAAUAUGAUCAGAAAUUCAGCUUCACUGGGGAGUUGGGACCUCAUCUUUGCCUUAUAAAAAUGUGAAGAAACCACUCUUUGCUCCAGAACCCUCUCAAGAGCUAUUGAUCUCAAUAGCUUGUCCCUCACUAAUCUCAGUUGGACCUGUAAUCCUUUUGCCCCUCCCCACUUUGGUUAACCUCUUUCAGGCUGCCAUGGCCCAGCAGUUACAGAGAAGUUAGGAAAAGCAGCUUCCUAAUAAUUGGAGCAGCUGGGCAGUAGAAUGGAGCAGGAUGGAAUGGAUGGCCUCAUGACAGCAUCAAAUGUACUCCAUUUGUAACAGGAAAUAAAAGAUGUCAGGAAACUUUAGAGGGGCAAGAUUGGGCCAGAUACCUAAAUAUGGUGGCUUUAUGUAUGUUAACAUUUUUCACCACAUGUAGGUUAUAUACAUAUAUAUGGAAUAAGAAAAUAGUCAUGUUCUGUGUCAUCUAUGUAUCGUAAUGUGACACUAGGCUGUCAAGCAGCUAUGCCUAACCCUGAUUUAGGAACAUCUCCAGAUACUCCUAAUUAUCCAAGGGCUGUCAUAUUUUAAAAAGGAAAUGUGUUUGGGAAAAAUAAAUAUUUAGUAAAUUGGGGAAAGUGCUGAAUGGGGAAUCUAAAGGGCAUGGGUUUAGAUCCCUCUUAAGUUGUUUACUAUCUGUAUGACCUUGGUCAAGUCACUCGCUGGGCCUCAGCAUCCUCAAAUAAAUAAUGGAGUUGAAAAAAAUUUCCAUUAAAAUAUCUUACAGAUUUAAGGAUAAAAACCCUAAAAAGGAUGGCAUGCAAAGUACCUUCAAUAUGAUCAAAAACAUUUAUCUUAAUCAAUGAGCUAAUAUCUGCAAUGGUGAAACACCGGAUUUGUUCUUUU